AUGGUGGACAGUGCCGUUAAUGCCAAGCAGUUACCAUUGCCAAUGGAACCAUCGUCAUUGUUGUUGCGAUCACCACCAGUGGUAAUUAUCGUAGGUCAAGACGUUGAUGCUUCCGCUAUGCCUUUAACAUACGAGCGCAAUCGCCUUCUCACCGAUUUGCUACGUCAUUAUUCUUGUCCUCCUUUUUUAUGCAAAACAAAUAUGGAAAAUAAAAAACCUUUUUCAAGUGAAGUUUUUGAAUGGUUUUCAGAUCUUCUCCCUGUAGUUGGGACAGAAGAUAUGACGAAAUUCCAUGAGGAAAAUUAUGUACGAUAUUUGUCUCUUCGUGAGACCAUGUCUGAUGUGGAUGAAGAAGCCACUGCUCUCAAACGUUUUAGGGCAGAUGAAAUUCAACCUCCUGUCUCAAGAAGGUAUUCACAACAGUCUAGACCUCCACCACGUCAAAUGCCUGAUCUCGUGCCUAUUGCACAAGAUGAAGAGUUUAAUUUAAUAGGGGAUAAUGCACCAUUUCUGGGUAUGUGGAGAACAAUUCAAGCCACAUUAUCAGGAACCUUAACUGCAGUUCGUUUACUUGCUCAAGAAGAACGUUUUGCAGCCAUUCAUUGGUUUGGGGGUAGACACCACGCCAAACAAGGUAAAGCAGGGGGUUUUUGCUUUAUAAAUGAUGUAGUUCUUGCAAUUUUGGAAAUUCAAAGUCUUCUUCCAUCAUCUAAGAAGCGUAUUAUUGUGGUUGAUAUAGAUGCUCAUCAUGGUGAUGGUACUCAAGCUGCAUUUUUAUUUGAUGAUUCAGUUUUAACAUUAUCUAUUCAUGCUUAUGGUAUUGGAAUAUAUCCUGGAACAGGAUCUCUUGAUGAGAUUGGUGGUGGUAUUGGACGUGGGUUUACAAUGAAUCUUCCUUUACCAGAGGGAUCUACAGACAGUCUUGCUGUUCCAUUAGCUUGUCGAGCCAUUCUUUCUGCAUUUCAGAGAGUAGGUGAUGAGUUGGGAGCUGUCAUUAUUGUUUGUGGAUCUGAUGCUCUUUGUGGAGAUCCAUUAGGAUCUCUUAAUCUUAGUAUAGGUGGAAUGCAAUUUAUAAUUAGGGAGUUACUUAUUGCAGUAGCUCGUAGAUCACUUAAAGUACUUAUCCUUGGAGCUGGUGGAUAUGUGGAUGUAAGUUGUGCUCGCCUCGCAGCAGUCGUUACAAGAGAUGUUCUUAGUUGUGCGAGUGCACUUCAACGUGGCGAUACGAAUUAUUUUCGAGAUUCCCCUGAUCUCUCUACUAAUUUUGGAGUUCAUGUUCCUGAGGAUUCCGAAUACUUCACCCGUUACGGUCCCUCAUUUCUUAUGCAUGGCCUUCCACCAGCGCGUCUGCUGAAAGUACGACAAAUUCCACCAGACUCCGAAUUGUUUGCACGAAUGAGACGUAUUGCAGAAAAGAAAAGUGUAAAAGCCUCUAGCGAAAACCCAAGAGAAAGCAGUAGCAGCAGCAGCAGCAGUAGCCACAGUACGCAUACUGACGAAGAAGAAGAGGAAGAUGAUGAGGUAGUGGAAGUGGAAGAAUAUGAAAGAGAGGAAGAAGAAGAGAUAGAGGAAGCAGAGGAAAAAGAAGAAAAUGCUGAUGUUAAUAGUAAUGAUAAUAUAAAAGAAAAAGAGGAGAAUGGAAAGGUUAAGAAGAAUGCAUCAAAUGUCGAACGGAAGGAAAAAGAAGAAGGAGGAGGAGACAUUGAAGGAUUCUCACAAACUUAUUCAUCUGAUCUAGUAAUUCAAAUCUUGUAA